UUCUGUGGACGGGCCUAUGAGAGGAGCCGAUUCAGAAGUUUGUUUCCAGCCCUCCCCUUUUCCGUCAGUGCGCAGCUACGCAGUCGAAAGUGGACCUGCUUUGGCGCGGAGGCUAGGAGGAGCAGUAAGAUGUCUUCAGCACCUCAACCUCCAGAUUUACAACAUGAAGCACCUAAAGAGAAAGAUUAUCGAAUUCCAGGACUUCGAAGUGUUCAAACCACCACCUUGUUCCGGGCUGUGAACCCAGAACUUUUUAUUAAGCCUAACAAAGCAGUUAUGGCUUUUGGGCUUGUAACGGUUACUCUUUGUGUAGCCUACAUUGGAUACUUGCAUGCACAACAAGAGAAUAAAAAGGAUCUCUAUGAAGCUAUUGACAGUGAGGGAAACAGACAAAUGAAGCGGAAAACUUCUAAAUGGGACUAAAGAAAUGGGUAGCUUACACGUGGUGUGCAUGUAAGGAGACACAAAUCACGGUAUAUUUGGUUUUCUGAAUUGUAACUUUCUGGAUUUUAUGUGGAGAGCCAGCAUUUUUUUAUGCAAUAGUGGAUGUUUCUUUUGAAACAUAAUACCUUAAAAUGCUGUUUCCUGUACUGAAUAAAAAGCUAGCUGACUUAAGAAA